GGAGGUCGGCGUAGAGGAAAUGCGGUUCAACUGGGCUGUGGCAACUAUCACGGCUGCUGUUGACUCGCCAUUUCUCGAUUUGGGAGAGACGGGCGAAUCCUUUUGUCUUUUUUGUGUCUACUCACUUUUGUUGUCUUUGGACAAAACCGGAAUGUCCCGACUCGGCUGCUAAACACAAGACGCCUAAUAAUGGCUUCGAUAGUCGGCAAAGUUGCUGGGAGACUUUGGGGAUUACGUCUCGGUGCUCGUCGUCCGGUGAUAUGUCUUCACAAGGUGCCUCUGCUUGGAGCUUGUCAGGCUGUGUUCUGCAGCACACGCCCGCCCCCUACAGAAGCCUUGCUCAUGUACAAGCACGGGCGCUUGGCUUUGGAGGUGCCGCUGACGUGCAGGAGCGAGACGUGCCUUUUCUUUCUGCGGCCCAUGCUCAUGACGGUGGGCAACCUGAUCGGCGAGCUGCAAAGAGAAGACCCCGGCGCCACAGCCACCGUGCUUUCCAAAGAUGGUGAACGCGUAGCCUACAACACGCUGAUAGAAGCCCUCCUGAUAGACAAGCACUUCAAACUGGUCAUCAACAACACGGUUUACAACGUCCACGCACCUGAGCAAGCGUGUAAGUCCAGCGAGCGCGCCCUGGAGCUGGACGACAUGAAGCACGUGGUGCAUCUUCUGCACACGGCUCUAAACCUGCCCGAGCAUCAACUGCUUCAAGAGCGCCAACUGCUGGAGAGACUGGACAGCCUCAAACAGGAGUUGUCCCCUCUGGAGAAGAUGAAAGCGCAGCUGUCUCACACGGCCGAGUUGCAAACAUCCAGGGCGGUUUGGACGGGCUUGGCGCUUUUGUCCGUGCAGGGCGGCGCUCUGGCCUGGCUCACAUGGUGGGUGUACUCGUGGGACGUCAUGGAGCCCGUCACUUAUUUUGUGACGUACGCCACUAGCAUGGGGGCUUUCGCCUACUAUGUCCUCACAAAGGAGGAUUAUGUCUACCCUGGUGCUAAAGAUAGACAGUUCCUGCAAUACUUCUACAAGGGAGCUAGCAAGAAGAAGUUCAAUGUGGAAAAGUACAAUGAACUUAAAGAUGAGCUGGCUCAAGUGGAGGAUGACCUGAAACGCCUGCGUAAUCCGACACAGCUUCAACUCCCCAUCGAGCAGAUCCAGUCCAAGCCAUGAUGACAUCACAGAGCAAAAAGAAAGCAAACACUUUCGGUUUAUUUUCAUAAUGCUGCAUUUUUAAUCGGAGACAUAAAGGAGAGUUGAUUUUGGAAGGACAGAUAUGAACGAACUGGAAAAUUGAAAUAAAAUUCAUUCGCUGAA